AUGCCGAAACCAACAGCAGAAGAGCAAGAUUUCUUUCAAAAGAUAAUAGGCUCAGCGGGGUAUGGUAAUCAUCUAGCUAAGUAUGUAAGCAUAUAUGAGAUUGAUCAAGUACCAUCAGAAGAUGAGAAGGGCUGGAGGAAAGUGGAUGGCUUCAAAAUGAGCUUCAAAGGGAUCAUGACAGAAGAGAUGACAAAUCCAAGUGGAAAUAUGCAUGGAGCAGCAUAUGCUUGGCUAUUAGAUACCUGUUCAAGCGCAGCCUUGAUAGCUAUACAUACACCUACAUUUUGGGGAUUACCGGAUUUUGGAGGUGUAUCGUUAUCUAUGGAAGUACAGUAUCUGAAAGCCGCACCUAUAGGAACAGAGCUUUUCAUCCUAAUCGAAAUCAUUAAAUGCUCGAAUAAACUAGCCAAUUUACGAUGCGUAAUCAAAGAUUUCAACAAUGACAAAACAUUCGCGACGGGGACUCAUUUGAAGAUGUGGAAAGGUCCUGGAUCAGGAUCAAGUGUCCAAGCUAAGCUAUAA